ACUACGUUUGGGAUUAGUUCGAGUAAGCACAAUAAGCUUUCGUUUUGACAACAAACAUGGCGGAAGAUAUCCCAGUUGUACCGAAGGCAGGAAGUUUAUUAUUGAAUAGUGGCAAUAUAGUGAAUUGGAACAGAUUGAAAAGAAAACCAUCACAAAGUCCUACAGUCGAGAUAAGUGAAUGCAUCGGCACAACAUUCCAGGCAUUUAUAAAUGGGUCCGACAAAAAUGAGUUACAGUAUGUGACCGACCUUAAUUGUGUUCAUCAGAAGUACAAGGAGACAGUGCCAAAGGCUGACCGUGGCGACUUCAAGCUCACAGUGAAGAUAUUCCUCUGUAGUUUACUCCCCAUAGAUGUGCUUCAGGAGGCCGUGGAUAAAGUAUUGUCAGAGCUGGAUGUGUCGUUUAUUGAGACAGUGAUUGUGGCGUUCCCCGAGGUCGAUAAUGAGGAGUUGACACUGGAGGUAGUACAGCCAUACUGGAAGGCCCUGGAGACGCUUGUUUACCGGGAAACUGUCAUUUCACUCGGACUCGCAGACUUUGACAAGAAACUUCUUGAACAGCUAUAUGAGUUUGCAGAGGUCAAGCCUAUGGUGAACCAGGUGAACCUGGAGUCCUGCUGUGUUAUGCCGAAAGAGCUUGUGGAGUUUGCCAAGGAGAAGGAUAUACAGCUACUCACACAUAAUGAUCCCAGAGACAUUCUUCCUGCUGAGACAUUGCAAUCGGUGAUACAGGAUGCAAGCUCAGAGAAGGACGGUGAAGGCUGGGACCCGCUGUGGGUGCUACGGUACUCCGUGCUCGUAAAGUGUCGGGGCAUUGUAAAGUCCAAGGGAUACCUACUCAAGGCGGAGAGGGAUGUUAGGAAGAGGAAGUGACGGACAUUAUGCUAGGAGGGGAGUCUAGAUGAGGAGCAGUCUUCAUGUAUAGUCUGUUUAGGGUUGGAUAAUGUUGAGCCGUUUUUACCAUACCAAUUUCAAAAAGGAAGAAAAGCAGUUAUGCUUAUGAUAACGAGGUAGCAUGAGUUAUGCUUAUGAUAACGACAUAGCAUGAGUUAUGCUUAUGAUGCAAAAAAGUGGGUUUCAAUUCCUUUGUGAUAUCAACAAUAUGGGUUUUUUACCUAUAUCUAUUAUUUAAAAGUUAGAUAAAGCUUGGAAAUAAGAUGACUUAACAUAGACAUAUGACAAGGUGUCUAUGAGUCUGUCUUACCUUCUCAUUUAAACUGCACGUAUAAAUACAAGAACUACGCCAUCUGACGCAAACUGUAUCCAACCCUAUACAAGAUGUUAUGGGCUUGCACACUUCCAUAAUUGAGGUGUUUGUGAUGAGCUAACGUGUUUGUAUUGAGGUGUGAUCAUUAUUCAUUUGUCUGUGAUAUCAUAUGGCCGUGAGGGGUCUGUUUAUCAAAGUAUCCCCAUUGAUAUUUCAUUGGAGUGCAUACUGUGAAUUAAAGAUCAAUUUAGAAAGUGUAAGCUCAUUUCAUAAAAGUAAUCACAAUUUGUAGUUAGUUAAAUGUGGGAGAAUACUGAAGUAUUAAAGAUGCACAAUUACUUACAGAUAAGAUUUUCCACAAUAAAUAAUAUUGUUUUAAUAUUCCAAAAAGGAUGAAUAAAUGUCAAAAACAAUUGCUCUUAUGAAACAUACCGAGUUCAAUUUGACAGAAAUAAGAUAAAACAUGAUUUCUACCUCAUGAGACAAUAGUAGAUCACAGUAAAUCUAUUAGCAUUCACCAAUCAUUUAAUACUUUUGCGCUUUCUGCUAUUAAUUACACGGUUACAAACUUGUUAUUAGUUAUUAAUAUUUUCUGUAAAUGUAUUAUUUAGUAAGUUGUUAAAGGUUUAUCAGUCAAAAUUGAUGUUUGUUAUAUACUUGUAUUAAUUUUGAAUGAGAGUGUCACUUUAACAUUUCAUUAUGGAUAUUGAUUAAAUAUACAAAAUGUAAGUUUUCCUUAGUAAAUUGAUUACCAUCUUUAAUUCUGAAGGGUUUUGUAAAAAAUGGAUUUUCCUGUGACCAGACUAUACUGUAUACUUUUUAGGUGUAAGUUUAGUUUCUACAAAACAAAAGGUAUUCAAUGGUCCUCAGCUCUAAGGCUUAUAUAGUGUCCGGGAUAUAAGUACAUACAGCAAGUGUGUAUUUACUUAACUGCUAAGGUUUGUUCACUGCCAAUUUUGUUUUGUUUUUCUUGACAAAACAUUUAAGGCUACACAAUGUCUUUAAGCAACAGUGAUGUAUUUAUUGUUAAGUAAACAAAAACAAGCACUGCUGUCACUAUUGCUAGGAGUUUCUUCUCACUAUUGCAGAAUUAGUGAAGCGUAAAAUGAAAGUACUGAUAGACAGGCCUCUUGUUCAGCCAGCAAAGUGGCACGUAAUAAGCUGCAUAUACAUGUACAGGGUUAAAAGGACUAUGGCACCAGAUGAUACAAUUGCAAGAAAAAGAUAAAAUUGUCAAAAAAAGUUGAUAUCGUGUGCAACGCAUUAAAUCUUGAGUAACCGAUGUAUCACUUGGCUUAUGACAUAAUCAUCUUUCGCAGUUUUUGCAUAUUCUUCACAUUAGAAAUUUACUGGGUUUGUCUACCACUUAAAUCCAUGUAAGUCCAAGUUAAUUUAAAAAUACCAUUGGAAUAUGUAUCUGUACUACUCUCGUGGCUUUCACAUGCUAAAUACACUCACUACUAUACCAACUGGGAAACCAUUAUGCCCUUUAUUUUAAAGGUAAACUAUGCUGAGAAAAUGACAAAAUAUUAUUUCAAUCCUGUAAAAAGAUGUUUUUUCUCAUACUAGCUCAUUUUGACAAUUCUAGGCUUGAUUUGUGGGAAUAAUGUAUUUGCCAAUUUUGGGACCAUCUGGUGUCUAGUCCCUUUAAUAUAUUCAGAUGAAAGUUGUAAUUUUCAUGUAUAUAAUCUUAAAAUUACAUUAUGCUUCUAUUUUUCAGUUAAGUUUAUUUCUGUACAAUUUAAAAAGAAAAUAAGUUUGGUCUUUUGAUUCUGUGUAUGAAAAUGAGAAGUUUAAUUAAAUUGUCAUUACAUAAAACACAUCAGACAAGAUGCCCGAAUGAUAUUUAAUGAAAUAUACAUGUAGCACAAAAAAUCAACAGCAAUUCCAUUGACAACGGGUCCAAUAGUUUUAUUCUUGGUUUACAGUACCUGGUUCACCAUUGACUUCAUCUCAGAGGGCAUACAAUGUACUAUCAUGUUUAACAUGUGUUUGAUCAACAUGUAGUUCUGCAUGUUCACAUGUACUAAAUACAUUGACCUACAUAUAGUUCUACAUGUUAACAUGUACUAAACACAGAGUCGAAUUAGCAUAACUCGACAUACCCCUUCCUUAUGCCGUACAAAAAAGCUUUUGGUAUUUGAUCAAUGCAUAUUUGUUAAAUGGUUAAAUGGCCGGGCUGUGUCUUGGGUAGCAUUUGGGUAUUUUAAAAUGUUCACUAUGAGAAAAUUGCCGGUCACAUGUAAGACUCAUUUCCUUAGGUCAACGAUCAAGGUCACACUUGAUGGUCAUUUGUCAUAAUUCCUUUUAUUUUUGCUUGUUCAGUCUAUCCUUAGAUAGCUUUAGGGUAUUUUAAAUUAACUUGGCACAAAUGUUCACCAUGAGCACAUGUCCUGUUGCUAGCAAGACCAAUGUCUUUAAAUUAAUCAAAAGUCAUGGUCACACACAAUGGUCAAAAUCCCUUGUAUUGUUGAAAUAACGUGGCACAAAUGUUAACUAUGAGAUGAUGGUAUGUUACAUGCAAGACCCAUUUUUGUAGGUCAAAGGCCAAGGUCACACUCAGGAUCAUUGGUCAGAUAUUUGUAUGGAUUAUUUGACAUCACUGUCAUGCAUAGUCGUCAACUUUCCAGAUUUUAUAUCAAUGAUCAGAGAGCAAUCUUUCUCUGAACUGUUCCAUGGUUUUGAUAUUUGUAGGUGAUUUGCCACCAAACUUUUAGUGAAGAUAAUGCUUUUGGUUUGAUUUGAGAAUAUUUUGAAAUCAUGUUUUAUAACUGUUUUUUUUUUUAAAUCCUGUAAAUUUGCAUAUAUUUUGAAGCUAUCACUAGUAUCAUUUUUUUUGGUGCAAUGUUAUAAUGCCAGAUUUACCUAAAAAGUUUAUUUAGACCUUAUCACUGGUUUUAAGCUCAAAUAUUCUAAGAGUUAUUGACCAAAUUGACAUUCAUACAAUGUUGUUUGUCAUGUAAAACAAAGCAUUGAGUUGCACACAUACAGUAUAAGUCAGUUCAUAUAACACAGGUGACUUCAUCAAAACUGUUCACUGGAAAAUAGUUGGGAAUUAUUUAUACGAAAAAAUGAGAGAGAUGAUAUGUUACCAGCUAGAGGAAAACAUGUAAAUUAGUUUUUUGAUAAUAUUUCACUAAAAACAUGGUACUAUAUGAAAGGGCACUGCUAUUAAAACAAUGGAUUAUCUUCCCGUCAUAUUUUUAUUUGUUAUUGUUUGUACAGGCAUCAGUAGGAGCAUCAUUGGUAUUGUUUGUACAAGUAUUGUUAAUAUUGUUUGUACAAGCAUCUCUGGUAUUGUUUGUAUAAGCAUCAUUGUUAUUGUUUGUAUAAGCAUCUCUGGUAUUGUUUGUACAAGCAUCUCUGGUAUUGUUUGUAUAAGCAUCAUUGUUAUUGUUUGUAUAAGCAUCAUUGGUAUUGUUUGUACAAGCAUCAUUGAUAUGGUUUGUACAAGCAUCAUUGAUAUGGUUUGUACAAGCAUCAUUGAUAUUGUUAGUACAAGCAUCAUUGAUAUGGUUUGUACAAGCAUCAUUGAUAUGGUUUGUACAAGCAUCAUUGAUAUUGUUUGUACAAGCAUCAUUGAUAUGGUUUGUA